AUGUCAUCCUCCGACAGCAAGCCUCAACGACGAGACCUGCCCGUCGAAGAAGCACGCGCCGAACUCAAACGCCAUUUCGCCGAGUUCUCGGGGUCCAAGUACGCAGACGGAUGGGCGGCUCUGUGGUCCAAAGGCGAGUUUCUACCAUGGGACCGUAACGCUCCAUCGCCAGCCCUGCCGGAUACUUUGAUCAACCAUGCCGACGUGGUUGGCAAUGCGUUGGUCGUUGAUGAAGAAAGCAACGGGGACGGUCAACCACGGCGGAAACGCGCAUUAGUGCCCGGCUGCGGACGAGGAGUCGACGUUGUGCUCUUGCAGAGCUUUGGCUACGACGCCGUCGGCCUAGAGUAUGCCGCGGACGCUGUGAAGGCGGCCGAGGAGUACGCGCAGCAACAUGCGGACGACUACCCUGUGCACGAUGAGAAGUUCGGUAAAGGAAGUAUUAAAUUCGUCCAGGGGGAUUUUUAUUCCGAUGAUUGGUUGGAAAAGGCUGGGUUGCCGAAGGAUGGGAAGUUUGAUUUGAUUUAUGAUUAUACGUUCUUCUGUGCAAUGGAACCGCGACUCAGACCUGCCUGGGCGAAACGGAUGACCGAGCUGCUUCGACACUCGCCCCAGGCCAAUCUGAUUUGUCUCGAGUUUCCUACCAAUAAACCAGCAUCGCUUGGCGGACCGCCCUUUGCGUCGCCCCCAAAGGCGUAUCUUGAACAUUUGAGUCAUCCGGGCGAAGAGGUCAAGUAUGAUGCCGAGGGGGAGGUCAGGUUGAAUCCUUUGGCGCCAUCUAGUCCGGGUGCCCUUGAGAGGGUGGGCCAUUGGCAUCCCGCCGACACGCAUCAGGUCGGCAAGGACGCGGAUGGAAAUGUGUUGGAUUAUAUAGCUGUUUGGAGACAUCGCUGA